GCGACGGCCGUAAAGAAAUUAUUCUCCUGGAGCCAGUUCAAAUCCGCGAUCAGUCCCCUGAUAGCCUCCACGACGACUACUCCCUGUAUAGAAUGGAAGAAUACGUCGAUGCAAGCAGUGACAUUUAUCCUCGAGAGAAGGAACCGGUGUAUUACACAGUGGAGAAAUGUGAAAAGGAGCGGGACUCACGCGAUGUCAUGGAAAAAGAGGAGAAAGUUGUCGAAGAAUGUCUCGCGCCAGCAAAAGAGCUCGAGGAAUACUCCUUUGUGCAGGAGCGUGAAGAACGUCAUGAGGAAAUGCACAGAGACGUCGAAACAACAAGCAUUCGAGAACGUGCUGGGU